AUGGCGAUCAGGGCGGUCAGGGGGUAUAGAACUAUCUCCAACGCGGCAGCCACAUUGAUGGCCGAGAUGCCCCCAAUAAUGAUGAACGCCCGUGCGCACGCUCAGGUGUAUGAGCAGGUAGCAGAGCGUAGGGCGAGGGGUAUCCCGGUACCAAAGAGGGGGAGGAGGCUCCUCAGCCUCCAAAUAAAGAAGGAAGUGAGGGAGGAGUGGCGGACCUGGUUGGCCGACCCGAGACGGCCAGGCCAAAGGACGGUCCAGGCCAUCCUCCCUCACUUGGAUGCCUGGGUGGACCGGGCAUGGACACGGGCGUCGUACAGAACAAUGCAGGUGCUCACCGGGCACGGGUGCUUCGGUGAGUACCUGCAGAGGAUCCAAAAGGAACCCGAUCCGCGGUGUCACCACUGUGAUGAGGUGAGGGACACGGCGCAACACACGCUGGAAAGCUGUCCAGCGUGGGAAGAGGAGCGCCGUGUCCUCACAAGUAAAAUAGGAGGAGACCUUUCGCUACAGGCCGUAGUGAAGGCGGUCACAGAACGGGAGGAGGCGUGGGAUGCCUUCGCGCUCUAUUGUGAGAGCGUGAUGGCGCAAAAGGAGCACGCGGAAAGGGAAAGGAGGGGGGAGAUCAACCCUCCGGACCCACGGCCGGGAGGGAACGGCAGCCAAAGGGGUGGGCGGCAACGCAGAGCCCCCCGUGGCACACCGGCGCACCUGCGCAAAUG